AUGGGCGGAGACUACCUAGACAGUGCAGAAAUACUCCCUUCACCAGAACAAGCUGGUCGUUUUUUGAGUGAUGGCGAUUUGCAGGUGUCCAAUCGAGCUAAAGCUGCAGACGCCCACGAGCAUAUGCCAGGAAGUGGCGAUUACUUCACCAGUUCUAAGUGGUCAGGCUACGGUGGAGCCAGCUCAAGUGAUCACCGCGGUAAGCCCUACGUGGGCGCUUUCGGAGGAUCGCGACUGGAGGAGAUCACGUCCACCGUGAUCCCGGGUUUGAAGGUCUACCAGAAAUCAAAACUUGUCGAUUCUCAAGAAAUACCAAAGUACCCGGGACCACAGGGACUCACUUCCGCAAACUGUCCGUUGAAAUGUGAGCCUUGUGUUUGCACAAAACAGGAGAAGAUACAGGAACGGCGGAGAAGAGACACCAACACCGUGGAGCUAUCAGUGCCAUUGGGAGCUUGCAACACGAAGCGCGACAGAAAAUUAUCGCCACCUACUCUAUCGGUGUCGUUCGUCGCGGUCAUCUCGUUCCACGAUUCGUUUAUCACAAAACUCGAUCGCGCUUACCGUAUUCAAUGUGCCUAUUGGAGGCCUAACAAGCAAUUCUUCAUACGCUGGCGCCGUCGCAAGUUAACGGGACAGCUCCGCCACCUGUCUGUGGUUAUCAUAUCUCUGGCGCCAACGGUCAGCAGAUUCCAAAACGUUCGUGUUGGCGAUCAGGUAAAACACGAAUGGAUCUGCACCACGUCGGCACCAAAAUUAUACUCUAUGCUGAUCCACUCAUGCUACAUUGAAGACGGUGCUGGUCAACGUUAUCAAGUCAUUGAUAGAAUGGUGGUGUUCGCUGGAUCAUUACAUUCUCAGGACACCAAACUACGACCCAGACAGAUUGACGGCAACUGUCGACGCGUUUAUGAUGAAAUUUCCGGA